CUCUCACUGCGGUGCGCAGGCAGCCCAAUCAGACGACCCGGAGGAGAGCUGAGAUUUUUUUUAAAUCCCCACUCUACAAAAGAGAGAGGAAGAGGAGGAGGAGGGCUGCCCUUCCUCAGACAGCAGCGUAUUUCACUCAGUGCUGAGAGGAGGAGGAGGAGGAGGAGGAGGAUGCAGACAUAAAGCACUCCUCCAGACACCUGCUGGACCUUCUUCAUCCCUCGUUUUGGUUUUUCCUCGUCUGUUCUGAAGCGCUCUUCCUCCUCUGAGCUCGUCUUCCUCCUGAGCUGCUGUUUUUGUUCGGAGCUGUCAGAACAAAGGCAGCUACGCCUUUUUCCCCUCGUCUCUCUCUCUCCCUCUCUCUCUCUGGGUGGUGUUGUUUUUUUUUUGCCCUGAACGCUGAGUCAUCAUGUCGGAUCUGACGCCCCAGAGCGAGACCCCGACUCCCACCACAGACAAGAUCACCCAGGCCGCCCGGGAGACCAUCUAUCUCUGCAACUUUCGCGUUUCCGUCGACGGCGAGUGGCUCUGCCUGCGGGAGCUCAACGACAUCUCGCUCACGCCGGACCCCGAGCCGGCCCACGAAGAUCCUAAAGAUCCGAUUGCCAUCGAAAGGCUGAACUUGAUGAACAUGGCCAAACUGAGCAUCAAAGGUCUGAUCGAGUCGGCGCUGAACCUGGGCCGGACACUGGACUCGGACUACGCCCCCCUGCAGCAGUUCUUCGUGGUGAUGGAGCACUGCCUGAAGCACGGCCUGAAAGCUAAAAAGACCUUCCUGGGCCAGAACAAGUCCUUCUGGGGUCCGCUGGAGCUGGUGGAGAAGCUGACCCCUGAAGCAGGAGAGAUCACUGCCAGCGUGAAGGACCUGCCUGGACUCAGAACCCCUCUGGGCCGGGGCCGGGCCUGGUUGCGCCUGGCCUUGAUGCAGAAGAAGCUCUCAGACUACAUGAAGACCAUCAUCAACAGAAAAGACCUGCUCAGUGAGUUCUACGAGCCCAACGCCCUGAUGAUGGAGGAGGAGGGCGCCGUCAUCGCCGGCCUGCUCGUCGGCCUCAACGUCAUCGACGCCAACCUGUGCAUGAAGGGGGAGGACCUGGACUCUCAGGUCGGUGUCAUCGAUUUCUCCAUGUACCUGAAAGACGGCGGGCACAGCAGCAAGAGCGCCGAGGGGGACGAUCAGAUCACCUCCAUCCUGGAUCAGAAGAACUACGUGGAGGAGCUGAACAGACAUUUAAGCGCCUCGGUCAACAACCUCCAGGCCAAAGUGGACGCUCUGGAGAAGUCCAACACCAAGCUGACAGAAGAGCUCGCUGUUGCAAAUAACCGAAUCAUUACUUUACAAGAAGACGUGGAGAGGGUGAAGGAGGAGAGCUCGUUGCAGCUGGAGUCCAGGAAGGCGUCUUCGGCCAACGGUCAGACGCUCGGUGAAACACGGAAGCAGCUGAAGGAGGAAACGUUGCUCCGAUUGGACGUGGAGCGGGAGCUGGAGGUGCAGAUCGGCAUGAGGCAGGAGGUGGAGCUGUCCAUGAAGAUGCUGGAGAAGGACGUCUGUGAGAAGCAGGACUCUCUGCUGGAGCUGAGGCAGCAGCUGGAGGACCUGAGGAUCAUCAACCAGCAGCUGAGCCACAAGACUCAGAGCGCCGAUUCCAGCUCGAAGCAGAAGAGUGAUGUCAUCGCUCGGCUGGAGGAGAAGAUCAACCAGAUGUCAGGAACCAUCAAACACCUGGAGACCAGAUGCAAACAGGCGGAGAGAGAGCGAGACCUGGCUUCAGAGGCCAACCGGCUCUUCAAACACGAGUUCGGAGACAAGAUCGAGAGUCUGCAGGUGGAGGUGGAGCAUCUGCACAAACACAGGACUCACCUGGAGCAGGAGCUGAGGAGGGAGCGAGAGCAAAGACCUCGUCCCAGCACCUCAUCAGGACCGCCCGGUUCAUCGCGCAGGGACAGAAAGACCCCCGACAGGAUCCAGAAGCCUCUGACAGAACCUGUACCGGUCCGACGGGACAGCGAGACAUCUCAGAGCGAGCAGGAAGACAAAAGCAGCCUGAGCUCCAGUCUGUCUUUGUCACAUCAUGAAGACGAGCAGGAAGAGUCGAGGUCAGAGGUCGUUGAGCCGUCGCUGUGUUCACUGUGCCAACAGGACGAGUCGCUGCUGAGGACCAAGAAACAGUGUAAAAACUGCAGCAGGUUUCUCUGCGAGAGCUGCGUGUCCAACGAGCUGCCGUUACCCUCCUCCAUCCUGCCGGAGCCCGUCUGCACCGCCUGCUACAGCCAGCUGCUACUGCGCUACGCUUCGGCGUCGUCGUGAAGGCCGAGGCGUCGGGCGGGAAAACUGGAAGCACUUUGUUUUACCUUUUAUUAAAAAAGAUAAAAACCUGCAGGUUCUGACAUCGUGGUGGACUCUUUUAACCUUCAGUUCUGGUCGCAGGUUCUCAGCAUCUUCUGUCGUUUGAAUCAUGAAAACAAACUGUUGGAAUCAGGUUUUAAACUCCGUUUUAAUAAAAAUAAAAAUAUACAACUGGA